AUGGGUACCAAGAUGGACGCGGUUUCGAUCCGCGUUCCUUACAGGAACUUGAAGCAAGAAGUCGAGCUCGUCGGCGUCGAUCAAGCUGAACUACGUCGUUUACAGAUCGGGAACCGACACCGCAACACCGGGAAUGCAGCUCCCGCUCUGCCGUUGAGUAAUGAUGAUUCGCCGCCGCCUUCGUCAACGCCUAACGGUGAUGUCCAAAACCAGCCGUCGAAGCACAGUAGUUUGCUGAGGUUGAUACUCAGUUGUACCGUGGCUGCCGGCGUUCAGUUCGGCUGGGCAUUGCAGCUUUCUCUUCUCACUCCUUAUAUACAGACACUCGGUAUACAACAUGCUUUUUCUUCAUUCAUCUGGCUCUGCGGUCCCAUUACAGGUCUUGUGGUUCAACCUUGUGUCGGCAUAUGGAGUGACAAAUGCACAUCAAAAUAUGGAAGGAGGCGGCCAUUUAUUUUGGUUGGAUCUCUCAUGAUUUCAUUUGCUGUGAUAUUAAUCGGGUUUUCUGCAGACAUAGGAUACCUUUUAGGGGAUACAAAAGAACAUUGCAGCACAUUCAAAGGUACUCGUACAAGGGCAGCUAUAGUGUUUAUAUUGGGGUUUUGGAUGCUGGAUCUUGCAAACAACACUGUGCAGGUAAGAAGCUUGCAAUCUCAUUUGAUACAGGCUUCUAAUGUCAUUGACGAUGGCCAAAAGAUAUUUGUAAUGAUUUCUUGGAACUUCUAUAAUUUAUCUAAUCAUUUGCAGGGGCCAGCUCGAGCUCUUUUGGCUGACCUAGCUGGUCCUGACCAAAGAAAUUCAGCUAAUGCGAUAUUUUGCGGAUGGAUGGCUGUUGGUAAUAUUCUAGGAUUUUCUUCUGGAGCUAGUGGAAAUUGGCACAGAUGGUUUCCCUUUCUGCUAAGUAGAGCUUGUUGUGAACCAUGUGGGAACCUCAAAGCAGCAUUCUUGGUUGCUGUGGUGUUCCUGAUCUCAUGUACACUUGUUACGCUAUACUUCGCCAAAGAGAUCCCUUUGGCGCCUAAAGAACCUCGGAGUUUAGAUUCUGCUCCUCUAUUGGUGAAUCCUCGGCAAACUGACUUUGACCAUUCAGCCCUGGAACUGCAAAUGGAUGGCUCAAAGGAUAAUAUCUUAAAGGAUAAUCAUGAUUCAAGAAAUGACGAACAAAAGGUUGAGGAGGAUGAAAUUGAAAGUUUCACUGAUAGCCCUGGAGCUGUUCUAGUUCAUUUAUUGACUAGUAUGCGGAAAUUACCUCCAGCCAUGCAUUCAGUGCUAAUUGUAAUGGCUUUAACCUGGUUAUCCUGGUUUCCAUUUUUCCUAUUUGACACUGAUUGGAUGGGAAGAGAAGUUUACCACGGUGAUCCCACUGGAGAUGUAUCAGAAGCAAAAGCUUAUGAUCAAGGUGUCAGAGAAGGUGCUUUUGGUUUGCUAUUGAAUUCUGUUGUUCUAGGGAUUGGUUCCUUCUUAAUUGAACCCAUGUGUAAGUGGUUGGGAGCCAGAGUAGUCUGGGCAACAAGCAAUUUCAUGGUCUGCGCCUGCAUGGCAGGCACUGCUAUCAUUAGUUUAGUCUCUCUCCGAGGAUCAGAAGGGGUUGAACAUGUGGUUGGGGCGAAUGCAGCAACCAAGAUUGCCUCCUUGAUUGUUUUCUGUCUUCUUGGCUUGCCUCUAGCUGUCACCUACAGUGUUCCUUUCUCAGUCACAGCGGAGUUAACUGCUGAUACCGGAGGUGGCCAAGGCUUAGCCAUUGGAGUUCUGAACCUAGCAAUUGUUGUACCGCAGAUGAUCGUGUCCCUUGGUGCGGGUCCAUGGGAUGCCUUAUUUGGUGGAGGAAACAUACCAGCAUUUGUUUUGGCAUCAAUGGCUGCCCUUGCAGCUGGCGUUAUUGCAACUAUGAAGCUGCCAAAUCUCUCAAGUUCGUAUAGAUCAACGGGGAUGCAUUUUGGUUAG